AAGAAAGGUUGGGUAUUGGUGUAUCACUAUGGCAGGAACCAGGGGAGGCAGUCUGAGCAUAGCAGUGCAGCUAUGGCUAAAGUGCAACUUUCCACACGAAAGGGGGAAGACGAAUUUGGGGGGACAAUUUCACAAGCUUACACAGGGAAGAAAGCAAAAAAUUGGGAAAAGCAGAUAUACAGAGGGAGGAGAACGAAGAGCACACUCGGGGAAAUUGGCACACCGAGAGCUUCAAGAGGUAACCCCCUCGGUCCAAACCGAUCACACCGAGAUAUCCAUAGGCGACAUGUAUUGGCCAAGAGGAAGCCUACUGAGGAGAUAGUAGACCUGAGUAAGGUAGCACUUGUGUCUGACAUAUCUUAUUUGUUCUCUACAGAAACAAAUUGAAAAGAUAACUAAUAACUUUUUGGAUAAGCCAAACUAAAGUAA